GGCCCAGCAGCGCCGCUGAAGCGACAGCGGGGAGGGGAAGCGAGCGGCGCCUGCGUCCCGGCGGUGGGCGGGCCCGGUAGUGGGCGGGGUUUGGGGCGGAGCCUGACCGUCACGCGCAGCCCCGCCCCCGCGGCUUCGUCGCUCCUGCUGAGGCGGCAACCGCUCCUCGUCUGCCAUUCCCGGUUGGAGGGGCCAACUGCGCCCCAGCUCUCAGGUGACGAUGGGGGACCCCAGCAAGCAGGACAUCUUGACCAUCUUCAAGCGCCUCCGCUCGGUGCCCACUAACAAGGUGUGUUUUGAUUGUGGUGCCAAAAAUCCCAGCUGGGCAAGUAUAACCUAUGGAGUGUUCCUUUGCAUUGAUUGCUCAGGGUCCCACCGGUCACUUGGCGUUCACUUGAGUUUUAUUCGAUCUACAGAGUUGGAUUCUAACUGGUCGUGGUUUCAGUUGCGAUGCAUGCAAGUUGGAGGAAAUGCCAAUGCAUCUUCCUUUUUUCAUCAACAUGGGUGUGCCACCAAUGACACCAAUGCCAAGUACAACAGUCGCGCUGCUCAGCUCUAUAGGGAGAAAAUCAGAUCCCUCGCUUCCCAAGCAACGCGGAAGCAUGGCACUGAUCUGUGGCUUGAUAGCUGUGUCGUUCCAUCUUCGUCCCCUCCACCAAAGGAGGAAGAUUUUUUUGCCUCUCAUGUUUCUCCUGAGGCGAGUGGCACAGCAUGGGCAUCAGCAAUAGCAGAACCAGCUUCUUUAACAUCAAGGCCUGUGGAAACCACUUCAGAAAAUAACGAAGGUGGACAAGAACAAGGACCAAGUGUGGAAGGUCUUAAUGUACCAACAAAGGCUGCUUUAGAGGUUUCCUCUAUCAUAAAAAAGAAACCAAAUCAAGCUAAAAAAGGCCUCGGGGCCAAAAAAGGAAGUUUGGGAGCUCAGAAACUGGCAAACACAUGCUUUAAUGAAAUUGAAAAACAAGCUCAAGCUGUGGAUAAAAUGAAGGAGCAGGAAGACCUGGCCAAGGCAGCACCUAAAGAAGAAUCAGUUGUUUUGUCACUACGGUUAGCCUAUAAGGAUCUUGAAAUUCAGAUGAAGAAAGACGAAAAGAUGAACAUGAGUGGCAAAACAAAUGUUGACUCAGACAGACUUGGCAUGGGAUUUGGAAGUUGCAGAAGUGGUAUUUCACAUUCAGUGACUUCAGAUAUGCAGACCAUAGAACAGGAAUCACCCAUCAUGGCAAUACCAAGAAAAAAGUAUAAUGAUGACAGUGAUGAUUCAUUUUUUACUUCCGGCUCAAGGUACUUUGACGAACCAGUGGAGUUAAGCAGCAGUUCUUUCUCUAGCUGGGAUGACAAUUCAGAUUCCUAUUGGAAAAAAGAGACCAGCAAAGAUACUGAUACAGUUCUGAAAACCACAGGCUAUUCAGAGAGGUAUGUACGACAAAACUGUGGGGUUGUAAUAGUGAAUCCAUGCAUUUCUGGGAAAAAUUUACUGAUAUAUGAGACGAGGGCCCGCCUUGAGAGGCUCUCAGCGAGUACCUCCAUAAGCUCGGCUGAUCUGUUCGAGGAGCAGAGGAAGCAGGCAGCAGGGAACUACAGCCUCUCCAGCAUGCUGCCCAAUGCCCCCGACAUGGCACAGUUCAAGCAGGGAGUGAGGUCCGUCGCUGGGAAACUCUCCGUCUUUGCUAAUGGAGUUAUGACUUCCAUUCAGGAUCGCUACAGUUCUUAAUAUUGUGGUCAUGAUGUGUAUUUCCUGGAGAAACUCUUCUUUAAAUGAACCAGUGACCACAUCACAGGUGGCAAUGAAGACCAGAUUGUUUUGCUACUUUUUCGUAUGGUAUAUGUUUCUGAUUCUUAGUAUUCCUUUUGAGAAAUUCUGAGUUCUGAUGUAGUAGGAGCUUCACUGUGAUUUCUGUUUCGCGUUACUUCCCUCCAUGCCUCCUUUUGGCAUCUCUGGGUAUAUCCUUGCUUUAUUUUCUUGGAACCUUUGGUUUCAACACUGAGGGCCUGGAGACAUCGGCUCCUCCUGCUCCGUGAACAAGGAGCCUUCAUCCAGGAGAGAAGGAGAGGUGUCCAUGCCACACACGGGCUCAGGGCUGCCAGAAUCAGCGGAUGCGGAUGGGCCUGCAGACACAGCAUUCACACACGCAUGCUUCCUCCAGAAGGGAGCGACGGGCCAGAACAAAAAGCCAAACGUGACUGGUGUCUUAUUGACAGAUUGCUUCUUUUCUAUUUCUACAUGUUAAGAUGACUUCCAAAUAAUAUUUAAAGCCAUCUCUUUGUAAAUUGUUUAUUUUAUAUGAUCUAUAAAUUUAAAGAUAUUUUUCAGUGAGUGCUUUUAACAAACGUAAGCUUCCACAUUGCCAAGAGAAUUGAUGUUACCUUGUGACAAGGUGUUGCUGUUUGAAUUGAUGAGAAAUGUAAGAUGAGGACUCCCUAAGGGGAUUUAUAAAUCGACAUGGUAUACGGAAUUAAAAUGGAAUGAGGUAAGAAGAUAGAGCUACAGAAAACAGUGCAGCGUAUGGCAGGAUGCUCGUCGUAAUUGGGCACUUUUGUGAAUAGUUUUAAACCUUGCUUUUCAGAAAUUACAGAAUAUGUAUAAAUGAAUAAAGAAAAAUAAUUUAGCUGUGUUUUAGACAGCAUUAGAAUAUAUUGUUCCGCACAGUAAAAUAUAUUUGAAAUUUGAUAAGCCGAAAAUGUGGUUUUGAUGAAUAUUUUGUGAAUCUUUCUUAAAAGCUCAAAUCUGUAGACUUCUAAGGAUAAUAAACACUUGCAGCAGUU